AUGGCCAAAAAUAUUGCUUUAAAAGAUGCUCAAAAUAAACUAAAGUUUUUAGCCGACAUGAGUCAUGAAAUAAGAACUCCCAUGAAUGCUGUUAUUGCUUUAACUGAUUUAUUACUUCAAGAAAAAAACUUAUUAACCCGCGAACAAACCGAGCAUUUAGAAGUAAUUCAAACUAGUGGCAAUCAUCUCUUAACUGUCAUCAAUGAUAUUUUGGACAUUUCAAAAAUUAAUCAUGACCCAAAAUUCAAAUUAGAGUAUAGAAGAUUUAAUAUACGAAAAUGUGUUAAAGACGCUGUUAAUAUGGCUCGACAUCAAGCUUCAAUGAUACAACACAGUAAACUUGUUUAUACUGUUGAAUGUCCCUCUGAUCUCAAUGAUGAUAUUCCAAUACGUCAAUUAGUAAAGCAGAUCGAAGCAAAUAGUGUUAGCCUAUUUCAACGUCAAGCAGAAAAGACAGUCUUGCCUCUUAUUUGGAAAAUUGAUUCUGAUGUACCUGAUUAUUUAAUGGGUGAUAGUAUGAGACUAACUCAAAUAUUACUUAAUUUAUGUUCAAAUGCCGUAAAGUUUACAAAAUCAGGUGGGAUUCAAGUAAAAAUAGCGAGAUAUAAACCAUCAGAAUCAAACAUAGAAAAUGACGAUGAUGAUUCUCAUGCAUACACUUAUUUUAAACAACGUUAUGACGCAAAACUUGAAAGUACACAUGCCUGUAAGGAAUCGAAAAACAAGAGGAAUAAUGAUAUAGACAUGAAAAAUCGAUCUAGUUCCUCUGUCGUUCCUUCUAGUAUAAAAGACAUUGUAGAUCCUAGUUAUUGUUAUUAUUAUGAUGACGAUCAUGAGGAUAUGACAACAGAGGAAAAAGAGAUUGAAACGGAAAAAGUAAUGUUAGAAUUAUCAGUAACAGACACAGGUAUUGGUAUGCCUGCUAAUCGUCUUCCUCGUCUCUUUAAAUCCUUUUCUCAAAUCGAUAUAUCAACUGCAAGACGUUAUGGGGGUACUGGGCUUGGUUUAGCCAUCUCUAAUAUGCUUGUUGAUCGUAUGGGUGGUGCUCUAUGGGUUGAAUCAAAAGAGGGUCUAGGCUCAAGAUUUGCUUUGACUUUACCCUUAUUUGUUUCACCUAGAAGAAUUUCAUCAUCAACAAUGACUUAUCAGGGUUAUCUCACAGGUAUAUUAAAUAAAACAUCAUUACAACAAGAAUCUAUACCUUCUGGGUCUUCAAAAAUACUUAAACCAUAUAUAAAAUCAACAAGCGUAAAACAUAACAAUGAAGAAAAUUUAGCUUUACACUCUCCUAUCCAUAUUUUGUUAGCAGAAGAUAAUGUUUUGAACCAAAAAAUUGCAAUUAGUAUUUUAAAACGGUUAGGCUAUCAAGAUGUUAUCAUUGCUAGUAAUGGGCGUGAAGUAUUAGAAUUAAUGCGAAUACAUAAAUUUGACGUUAUUUUUGUAAACUUUCAAGUUUAA